UGCCCCCUUCUCGACUGUCACGAUGUGACCUCAUCAUGGAUCCUUUUCUUGAUGACUUCUUUACCACACCUUUCGGUCCAAUACAAGCACCGGUACCAGUACUGGUUCCAUAAACGGUGGUACCGCCUCUCCAAGUACAUGUACCACCAUGCCAACAAUCAAACGCGAUGCUUUUUUUCAGGCUGCAAUGGUGGAAGCCUUCCAUGAGAAUGGGUUGUGGGGUAAGAUCACCCAAGUUGCCACGAUCUUUGUGACCAUGGUUGGCUUUGUCAUUCCCCAAGAACUCUCGGUAGCGUUGGGUUUGGCGGAACCGCGAAGGAACAUGGGUCGCCUCACGACAGUUGUGAAGAAUCAGAUUUAUCAGCAGCUCUUCAUGAGCGGGUAUACGCAGUCCACCAUUUUCAAGAGCCGCCAAGGAGAUGCCUUGCUCAUUUACAUCCCACCCAAAAUGACGGCAGAAUUUCGAGCGGAUGUGGCCCAGCUGGGAGUUCCCGUCAAGUACAUUAUUGCGGCCAACGAAUGUCAUGAGUCCUACGCGGAAGACUGUAAGAAGGCAUAUCCAGAGGCAAAGGUUCUCACGCCCAAGCCAUCCAGGAAACUUGUGGAAGAGGCCGUGGCCGUGGAUGCCACCAUUGAAGAAUCCUUGCAGAUGUUGGAGACCGAAUUUGGAUUCACCAAAAUGUUUCGAUACGACCAUAACUCACGCUGCACUGCGGAGCGGAGCUAUCAGGUUGAGAUAUUUGACACUAGUAGUAGCGGGGACAAAGACACAAGCGCAAAGAGUUAUUGCUUGUUUGUAGGACAGUGUGGUAUGGGCAACUACUCCAUCUUGGCUCCCAGCACCUUGGUCGCCGGAUUCCAGAGCUUGUUCCAACCCCGUGGUCGGGUCUUUCGGCACUAUUUGCAUUGCUUCACCAAAGACAAGAGUGCCGUGAGACCCUACUGGACCCACAUGGUGCAGUCGAUACCUGACAGCUUGGAUGCCGCCGUCUUUAUUCAUGGAGAUCCUGUCAUGGGUACACAAGUGCGCGAACAGUUGCUGCAGUUUUACGCCUAUUGAAAUUUGUUUAAGACAAGGAGAGAGAGAGAGUUCGAGAGAGAGAGAGAUUGCAUGGCUGAAAGUAUAGCAACAUCACUCGGCAGUACGCACAAGGUCCACAUAUCAAGCACUGUCACGCUUCUAUACACUUCCGUGCAUCUCGGAGAGGCAGUUAUACAUACCUAUAAAAGAUAAUAAGCAUACAACCAAUGACAAAAUCAAUUCUAGGUACAAGUCACGCAUGUUGCUGAUUAUAGGUCUAGCUAUAGUAACAGGAAUAGGAAUAGAUGAACUCUCUAGGCUUUGCAGUUUGACCAAAAAGAACUGCUUCUGAAGCCAAAGCUCCAGCAAAUGUAUGUCGAAUUGCAGGUGGUGGCGAAACUCGAGGCGAACUAGUAAGCCCCGCAGUGUCCAUAGUGAGUGAAAUAAAGAUGGCUAACCAGCUGGCUCCAAAGUGUCACACCGGGCUCAGCACCAGAUAUAGCCUCCAGCCAGCCAGUUUCUGCUCAAGCAUGAAUCUCUCUAUUGCAUUCACACAAGACGAUACAAGACAUCACAU